AUGACCUCAUUGGCGUGGGAGCUUCGAACCCCGAGCUCUGGCAACCACACCGCUGUCCAUGAACGCGGGGCCAUGAUAUCUGGACGGAGUCUGGCCACGGCGACCAGGUAUCCCGGCCUCGUGCUGUCAACCAUCUCGCUCAGACAAUCCCUUCCGGCCACCUUUGUGCGGCGGAAAGGCGGUCAUGCUCUCCUUCGAAGACCUCUAUGCCGUGCUUGGCAGAGUACGGUAGCUCCUCUCACGCCUCCGUCGACCCCGUUUCCGUCUUCGCCCGCGUCCGAGCCAGCUUCGUCGUCUUCUGCAAGCAGAGAGCAGGAGACGGGCCAUUUCGAUGUGAAGCCCAACGAGUCGCUCUUCUUCUUUGAGAACGUCUUCCCCCGAAAGCUGAGCUUUCUUCUGAGAUACCCCACGGAAACCGAUGGUGACAUGACGGCCCUGCUGCGCCGCUUCCACAGCCCGGCUGGCGGCGGCGGCUUUAGCCUGGACCCGAUAUCCUUUGUCAAGAGGGCCGUUCCCGGGGACCUACCUGUCAAGGUGACUGAGAUUGUGCCGCGCCUGAAAGACGGAGGCGCAUUUGUCAAAGUUCAACACGACGCGAGCACCAGCCCGUCAGACAUCGAAGCAAAACUCUUGGAGACGCUAGAGCGGCGUCCGCUGAAACCAUGGUUCAGCCCCUUUCGGGGAGUCAAGGCCCGCCGUGUCAAGGGCACCCCGUGGCUCGAAGAUCUGUACCGAUUUCCCUCGAACCUGAUCAAGGUCGAAUUUGUGCCGCCCGAGCCUGGCGCGAUGGCCGAAGAGUUGUCCGAGGAGACCCUGUACAGCAUGUUCCGUCGCUAUGGCAAGAUUGCCGACAUUGUUCCCCAGCCGUUUGAUUCCAAGGUCGUGCCAAAGUACGCGCAGGUCAGCUUCGCCAGACUGAGCGACGCCAUCAUGGCCCGAAACUGCAUGCACGGAUUCGUCGUCGCCGAGCCCAUGGGCGGAGGCAAGUCCGGGACUCUCCUCCGGCUGUCGUAUGUCAAGAGGGUCAAGGCGCACAGCAUCUGGAACUGGCUGACGAGCCACCCGCGCAUCGUCAUCCCCAUCCUGGCCGCCCUGUUGGCCGGUGCUUCGGUCAUGAUUUUCGACCCCAUUCGCGCCUUUUUCAUCAAGCUCCACGUGUCGCACUCGCUGAGGUUCACCGAGUCGCGCCUGUACAAGUGGUUCAAGUCUCGGACAGGCAGCCUCUCUCGCAGGCGCAAUGCGGACGGCUUGAACACGGUUUGGAACCACCGGCGGGACCUCAUCGAGCAGCUCCGAAACUGGCUCGACGGCAGCUCCGACACGUUCAUCGUCGUCACCGGCCCCCGGGGCUCGGGCAAGAUCGAAAUGGUCAUGGACCAGGCCCUGGCCGGGCGCAAGAAUGUCCUCCUGAUGGACUGCAAGCCCAUUGUGGACGCGAGCGGCGAGGCUGGCACCAUCAAGCGACUAGCGUCUGCGGUUGGGUUCCGCCCCGUGUUCUCAUGGGCAAACAGCAUGAGCAGCCUGAUCGACCUGGCCGUGCAGAGCACCACGGGCGUCAAGGCCGGCUUCUCCGAGACGCUCGACACCCAGGUCAGCAAGAUCCUGCACACGACGGCCGCCGCGCUCAAGCAGAUUGCGCUGUCGGCCCGGUCCAAGCACGACAAGGACGCGCAGCUGUCCGAGGACGCGUAUCUCGAAGCCCACCCGGAGAAGCGACCCGUCGUUGUCAUUGACAACUACCUGCACAAGAACGAGGGCAUGACGAUUGUCUACGACAAACUUGCCGACUGGGCCGCCUCCCUCGUCCAGAACAAGGUUGCCCACGUCAUCUUCCUCACCUCGGACGCGUCCUCCUCCAAGCCGCUCUCCAGGGCAAUGCCCGACCGCGUCUUCCGCACGCUGCCGCUCGGAGACCUGGACCGCGAGGUGGCCAAGAACCUGGUCGUCAGCAGGCUCGCGCAGGACGGCCCCCCGCGCGCAGAGCCAUCCGGGCGCGGCGGCGGAGACGAGACGGCCAAGCGCAUGGACCUGACGGGCCUGGACGAGUGCGUCGAGACGCUGGGCGGGCGUCUGACGGACCUGGAGUUCCUGUCGAGGCGCAUCAGAGCCGGCCAGACGCCGCGCCAGGCCGUCGACGAAAUCGUCAGCGAGACGGCCACCGACAUUGUCAAGAUGUUCCUCGUGGGGGGCAGGGCGGCCGGGCCGGACAGGAAGUGGUCGCCCGAGCAGGCGUGGCACCUCAUCAAGUCGCUCGCCGACGCGCCCUCCCUGCGCUACCACCAGGUGCUCCUCUCGCCGGCCUUUGCCGCGUCGACGUCGAGCAGCGCCGCCGACGGCGAGGCCGCCCUCGAGGCCCUCGCCGGCGCGGAGCUCAUCGCGCUCACGUCGCACCGGGGCCGGCCCAAGCUCAUCAGCGCCGGCAAGCCCCUCCACCAGGCCGCCUUUGCCCUCCUCGUCGCCGACCGCGUGCUCAGGGCCAAGAUGGACAUGGCCGUCGUCAGCGAAAUGGCCAAGGCCGAGGCCAAGACCAUUGACGCCGUCGAGACGGAGCUCUCCGUCCUCGGACGGCUGCCGAGACAGACGCUCGAGACGGCAGGCAGGGUCACGUACCUGCUGAGCAAGCUCGACGCCAGCCAGCGCAGGAUAGACGAGUUGGACAGGCAGAUGGUUGGGCUGAAGAAGGUCCUGGCAGAGGAGUAUUAG